CCGCGGGUGGCCAGAGCGCAGCGGGCGCCGUGGGGGCCACUCUGGUCCUGGCCCCGACGGCGCCCCGAAGACCUAGGAGAGCCGUCCCGGGCCGAUGUCCCAGGUGAGCGGUCAGGGCCCCUCUCGCUGCGACACGCCCCAUGGAGCCCCCAGCGCAGCCCCGGACCCAGCCCAGACCGUGUCACUCCUAUGUGGGCUGGAGGUAGCAGCGGGAUCCACUCACCCUGCAGAGACAGCAUCAGAAGAGGGCUCCCUGAAGGACAAGGCACCCUCCAUGCCCCAAGACAGUGGUUCUGGAGCUCCCCAGGCUCCGAACAGCACUGACCUCGAUGUCCCCACAGAAGCUGUGACGUGCCAGCCUCAAGGGAACCCCUUGGGCUGCACCCCACUACUGCCAAAUGGCUCCGGCCACGGCCACCCCUCAGAGCUAGGCAGUACCAGGCAUGCGGGGAACGGUGCUCUGGGUGGCCCCAAGGCCCACCGGAAGUUGCAGACACAUCCAUCUCUGGCCAGCCAAGGCAGGAGGAAGAGCAAAGGGAGUACUCGGUCAGCAUCCUCACAGGUCCCUCUCCAGGCACAGGAAGACUGUUGUGUCCACUGCAUCCUGUCCUGCCUGUUCUGUGAGUUCCUGACGCUCUGCAAUAUCGUCCUGGACUGCGCCACCUGCGGCUCCUGCAGCUCGGAGGACUCGUGCCUCUGCUGCUGCUGCUGUGGAUCCGGUGAGUGUGCAGACUGUGACCUUCCCUGCGACCUGGACUGCGGCAUCGUGGACGCCUGUUGCGAGUCUGCCGACUGCCUGGAAAUCUGCAUGGAGUGCUGUGGGCUCUGCUUUUCCUCCUGAUGUCCCAGGGUGGCUCCUGGGCUGUCACACAAAGCUGGAGACCUCCCCCUACCCCUGUACCCACCCACCCAUCCAGGGCCCCCUCAGAACCCCAGCCCAGAUGUGAGAAGGUGGGAUGCUCAGAGGGGCCACCUCAGUCGUGGAGUGGGGUGCUGCAGACAAGCCUGCCUUCCUUGCUGGGUGACCAGGGACACAGCACCUAGACCUGGUGGGACAGGACCAGCUAGCUGCCAGGGCUACAGAACACUGUGAAAGUUAUGGGAGGGGGGCAGGACAGGAGGCCCAUGUCCUCUACCUCUCUGCUCCAGGUGCCCACCUUCCUCUGCUACCCCAGCUUGGAGGACAGAAAAUGUGAAAAGAUGCCCACCCCACCCACUGCCAGGCCCCUGCCCUUUCCCCAGCUCCUUCCCUGGGCUCUUGUCAGGGCCUAACCUAUGUUGUGACCCAAGAGAAUGGGCUUAGUGGGGGGUUG